UGCUAAGUCAAGAAAGUGAAGACACGAGGAGGCUCAGCCACUUUAGGACAAAAAAGGUUCCUGUGGUGGAUCUGAUUAAGACAAAGCUACAUUUCCAAUGGGAUCAGGAGAUUUUGGUGUGGUCUCUCAGCUAUUGGAGGGUGCCCAGGAAUAUUCGACCAGCGUUGGUAAAGUCUGGAUUUCGGUGCUGUUUGUCUUCCGAAUCUUCGUCCUCAUGACAGCCACUAAAGAAGUGUGGAAUGAUGAGCAGUCCAAUUUCUUAUGUGACACUAAUCAACCUGGUUGUCAACUUGCUUGCUACGACAAGACCUUCCCAGUUUCUCAUGUUCGCUUCUGGAUUAUGCAAAUCAUCUUUGUCUCCACACCAACACUCGUUUAUCUGGGGUUUGUACUUCAAAAAAACCGCACUGACAAGAAAUCAAUCAAUGCCAACAAAGAUCAAGACAACCAAUCUUAUAAUAAUGACUCGAAAAGUAAACCUAAUGACUCGAAGAGUAACCCUAAAGUGCAGUUGAAAGGUGCAGUCCUGAAAAUGUACGUCGCCAAUGUAGUUUCUAAGAUUCUGUUGGAAAUAGCCUUCUUUGUAGGUCAGUACUACCUGUACGGACUUGGCCUUCAGUCGAUGUACACCUGUGAACAAUGGCCCUGCCUUACCAAAGUCUUCUGCUAUGUGUCCCGACCCACAGAGAAAACAAUCUUCAUCAUUUUCAUGCUUCUAAUAGCUUUAAUAUCUCUGCUUCUGAAUGUGAUAGAGUUACCCUACCUAUUUUGGAAGAAAAAAAGGGAACAUUUGCUCCAAAAAAAUUUGAGCAAGCAGAGCUACGUCUAGGUUUAAAGACUCACUGUCAAAUAGAAAAACGUCGUUUUUCUCAUUCUCUUAAUAAAAAUUCUCAAAACUG